CUAGACAUAGAGAAGAGCCUAAAAAAUGUCCAUAGUGGAAGAAGCACCAGGAUACCUUCAAGUCUUUUCUGAUGGAUCUGUAAAACGUUUUGUGCCUGGAAUUGUCCCUGCCUCACCAAAACCAAGUAAUGGAUACAAGUCCAAGGAUGUGAUCAUUGACUCAUCAAAGUCGGUCACCGGAAGGUUAUUUCUUCCCUGCAGUGCUCCAUGUCCUGGGUUUUCAAGUAAACUUCCUGUUGUGGUUUAUUCCCAUGGUGGUGGCUUUUGCAUUGGCUCCACUACGUGGAUUGGAUACCAUCAUUUUCUGGGAGAUUUCUCUGUCGCAUCCCAAUCCAUUGUUCUCUCUGUCGACUACCGUUUGGCUCCGGAAUAUCGUCUCCCCAUAGCAUAUGAAGAUUGUUAUAGCUCACUGGAUUGGCUUGGUCACAAUGUAGGAUCUGAACCUUGGCUUGAGCAAGCUGACCUUUCCCGUGUGUUUCUGUCAGGAGACAGUGCUGGAGGAAACAUUGCACACCAUGUUGCUGUCAAAGCCAUUCAGAACAACACUUGUCAUGUAAGAAUCAAUGGUUUGUUGCUGAUACAUCCGUACUUUGGGAGCGAGAAGAGGACUGACAAAGAGAUGGCUGAAGGAGCAGCAGCGGCAGAAUCUAUUGCAAGCAACGACAUGUUCUGGAGACUAAGUAUACCAGAAGGCUCAAACCGUGAUUAUUAUGGUUGUAACUUUGAGAAGGCAGAACUUUCUGGAGUUGAAUGGAGUCGAUUUCCGGCUAUCGUGGUUUUUGUGGCUGGCUUGGAUUUCUUGAAGGAAAGGGGAGUUAUGUAUGCAGAAUUUCUGCAGAAGAAAGGGGUUAAAGUGGUGAGGCUGGUGGAGGCUGAGGAGGAGUCACAUGUAUUUCAUGUGUUUCAUCCUGAAUCUGAGGCAACACGCUUGCUCCAACGACAAAUGAGUGAGUUCAUGAAGAGCUCUUAA